CAGGGCUCGUUCCCGGCGCGGGCCGCCAGCCCCAGCCUCCCGGGUCCGGAGCUGGGACUGGCGGAGGCCGCGAGGGAAGGAGCGCGAGCGAGGAGCCACGCGCCGCCCGUCCGCGCCCAGACCGCCGCCGCCGCCUCCGCAGCCAUGGCCGAGCGCCGCGCCUUCGCCCAGAAGAUCAGCAGAACAGUGGCUGCUGAAGUGAGGAAGCAGAUCUCUGGACAAUACAGUGGUUCUCCCCAACUGCUCAAAAACCUCAACAUUGUUGGCAAUAUUUCCCAUCACACCACAGUGCCCCUUACUGAAGCAGUGGAUCCAGUGGAUUUGGAAGAUUACCUCAUUACUCAUCCUUUAGCUGUGGAUUCUGGGCCUUUAAGGGAUUUGAUAGAAUUCCCUCCAGAUGAUAUUGAAGUUGUGUAUAGUCCUAGGGACUGCAGAACCCUUGUUUCAGCUGUACCUGAAGAAAGUGAAAUGGAUCCACAUGUUAGAGAUUGUAUAAGAAGUUAUACAGAGGACUGGGCAAUUGUGAUCAGAAAAUACCAUAAAUUGGGAACAGGAUUUAACCCUAAUACAUUAGAUAAACAGAAAGAAAGGCAAAAAGGUUUGCCAAAACAGGUCUUUGAAUCUGAUGAAGUUCCAGAUGGCAGCAACUACCAGGAUGAGCAAGAUGAUCUUAAAAGACGUUCAAUGUCAAUAGAUGACACUCCAAGGGGUAGCUGGGCCUGCAGUAUUUUUGACUUAAAAAAUUCACUUCCUGAUGCUUUACUUCCCAAUUUACUUGAUCGAACUCCAAAUGAAGAAAUAGACCAUCAGAAUGAUGACCAAAGGAAAUCAAACCGUCACAAGGAACUCUUUGCUCUGCAUCCAUCACCAGAUGAGGAAGAACCGAUAGAACGACUUAGUGUUCCUGAUGUGCCCAAAGAACACUUUGGUCAGAGACUUCUUGUAAAAUGUUUAUCACUCAAGUUUGAGAUUGAAAUUGAACCCAUUUUUGCAAGUUUGGCUUUAUAUGAUGUCAAGGAAAAAAAAAAGAUUUCAGAAAACUUUUACUUUGACCUUAAUUCUGAGCAGAUAAAAGGAUUAUUGCGUCCACAUGUACCACCUGCCGCCAUUACUACUCUGGCAAGAUCGGCCAUUUUUUCUAUAACUUAUCCUUCCCAAGAUGUUUUCCUUGUAAUAAAGCUAGAAAAAGUCCUUCAGCAAGGAGACAUUGGAGAGUGUGCCGAACCAUAUAUGAUUUUCAAAGAAGCAGAUGCCACCAAGAAUAAGGAAAAAUUGGAGAAGCUGAAAAGUCAAGCUGACCAGUUUUGCCAAAGACUUGGGAAAUACCGCAUGCCUUUUGCUUGGACUGCAAUCCAUUUAAUGAAUAUUGUUAGCAGUGCUGGGAGUUUGGAAAGAGAUUCUACAGAGGUAGAAAUAAGUACUGGAGAAAGAAAAGGGUCUUGGUCAGAGAGGAGAAAUUCAAGUAUUGUUGGUAGACGUUCACUUGAAAGGACAACAAGUGGAGAUGAUGCUUGUAACUUGACCAGCUUUAGACCUGCUACUCUCACAGUGACAAAUUUUUUUAAGCAGGAAGGAGACCGCUUAAGUGACGAAGAUCUAUACAAAUUCCUUGCUGAUAUGAGAAGGCCCUCUUCUGUUUUACGGCGACUAAGACCUAUUACAGCUCAGCUGAAGAUAGACAUUUCUCCUGCACCUGAAAAUCCCCAUUAUUGCCUAACCCCAGAGCUCCUUCAAGUGAAGCUUUAUCCUGACAGUAGAGUUAGACCUACCAGAGAAAUUUUGGAGUUUCCUGCCAGAGAUGUAUAUGUUCCAAAUACUACUUACAGAAAUCUUCUGUACAUAUACCCCCAGAGUCUUAAUUUUGCCAAUCGUCAAGGUUCUGCCAGAAAUAUAACAGUAAAAGUCCAGUUUAUGUAUGGGGAGGAUCCAAGCAAUGCCAUGCCGGUAAUCUUUGGUAAAUCUAGCUGUUCAGAAUUUUCAAAGGAAGCCUAUACAGCCGUAGUAUAUCAUAACAGGUCUCCUGAUUUUCAUGAAGAAAUCAAGGUUAAACUCCCUGCUACUUUAACUGAUCAUCAUCACUUGCUUUUUACUUUUUAUCAUGUUAGUUGUCAACAAAAACAAAAUACUCCUCUUGAAACUCCUGUUGGAUAUACAUGGAUCCCAAUGCUUCAGAAUGGAAGAUUAAAAACUGGGCAGUUUUGCCUGCCAGUCUCACUGGAAAAACCACCACAGGCAUAUUCUGUACUGUCUCCUGAGGUUCCUCUGCCUGGCAUGAAAUGGGUAGAUAAUCACAAAGGUGUUUUUAAUGUUGAAGUUGUUGCUGUUUCAUCUAUCCAUACACAAGAUCCUCAUCUUGACAAGUUUUUUGCCCUGGUUAAUGCUCUGGAUGAGCACAUGUUCCCAGUCCGAAUUGGAGACAUGCGAAUCAUGGAAAAUAACUUAGAAAAUGAAUUGAAGAGCAGUAUUACAGCACUGACUUCAUCUCAGUUGGAACCAGUGGUCCGAUUUCUUCAUCUUCUGCUUGAUAAACUCAUACUUUUAGUUGUUAGGCCUCCUGUCAUUGCUGGCCAAAUAGUUAAUUUAGGUCAAGCAUCUUUUGAAGCCAUGGCAUCCAUUAUAAAUCGGCUUCACAAAAACUUGGAAGGAAAUCAUGACCAGCAUGGCAGGAACAGCCUUCUUGCAUCAUAUAUCUAUUAUGUUUUUCGACUACCUAAUACUUACCCUAAUUCACCAUCACCAGGUCCUGGGGGUUUGGGAGGAUCGGUGCAUUAUGCCACAAUGGCUAGAUCUGCUGUGAGACCUGCAAGCCUUAAUUUAAACCGUUCUCGGAGCCUUAGUAAUAGUAAUCCUGAUAUAUCUGGGACUCCCACGUCACCAGAUGAUGAAGUACGGUCGAUCAUCGGCAGUAAGGGUUUAGAUCGCUCCAAUUCCUGGGUUAACACUGGUGGUCCAAAAGCUGCCCCAUGGGGAUCCAACCCCAGUCCAAGUGCAGAAUCAACACAGGCUAUGGAUCGAAGUUGUAAUCGUAUGUCUUCGCACACAGAGACGUCAAGUUUCUUACAAACAUUAACGGGGCGCUUACCAACUAAAAAGGGAAAGGAAGAUGAGUUAGAAAAAUUAUCACUCUUACUUUUCCACGAGGAGCUGGCUUUGCAGUGGGUUGUCUGCAGUGGCAGUGUUCGGGAAUCAGCUUUGCAACAAGGCUGGUUCUUUUUUGAGUUAAUGGUAAAGAGCAUGGUGCACCAUUUAUACUUUAAUGAUAAACUUGAUGCACCAAGGAAAAGUCGUUUUCCAGAACGUUUCAUGGAUGACAUUGCUGCUCUUGUCAGCACAAUUGCUAGUGAUAUAGUUUCACGAUUUCAGAAGGACACAGAAAUGGUUGAGAGACUCAACACAAGCCUUGCAUUCUUUCUCAAUGAUCUGUUGUCUGUUAUGGAUAGAGGGUUUGUCUUUAGCCUCAUAAAGACCUGCUAUAAACAGGUAUCUUCAAAGCUUUAUUCAUUACCAAAUCCAAACGCCCUGGUGUCCUUGAGGCUAGAUUUUCUGCGAAUCAUCUGUAGCCAUGAACACUAUGUUACAUUAAACUUACCCUGUAGCCUGCUUACUCCACCUGCAUCACCAUCACCUUCUGUUUCUUCUGCAACAUCUCAGAGCUCUGGAUUUUCCACAAAUGUACAAGACCAGAAGAUUGCAAAUAUGUUUGAAUUGUCUGUGCCUUUCCGCCAACAGCAUUAUUUGGCAGGACUUGUGUUAACAGAGCUGGCUGUCAUUUUAGACCCUGAUGCUGAAGGACUGUUGGGAUUGCAUAAGAAGGUCAUCAAUAUGGUACACAAUUUACUAUCGAGUCAUGACUCAGACCCACGGUACUCUGACCCCCAGAUAAAGGCUAGGGUGGCAAUGUUGUAUCUACCUCUGAUUGGCAUUAUCAUGGAAACUGUUCCUCAGCUGUAUGAUUUUACAGAAACUCAAAAUCAGCGAGGAAGACCAGUUUGUAUCACCACUGAAGAUUAUGAAAGUGAGAGCGGAAGCAUGAUAAGCCAGACAGUUGCCAUGGCAAUUGCAGGAACAUCAGUUCCUCACCUGACAAGGCCCGGCAGUUUCCUCCUCACAUCAACAAGUGGCAGGCAGCAUACCACCUUUUCAGCAGAAUCAAGUCGGAGCCUUCUCAUCUGUCUACUUUGGGUUCUCAAGAAUGCAGAUGAGACAGUUCUACAAAAGUGGUUUACAGAUCUCUCAGUCCUGCAGCUGAACCGGCUAUUAGAUUUGCUUUAUCUCUGUGUAUCUUGCUUUGAGUACAAAGGAAAGAAAGUAUUUGAAAGAAUGAAUAGUUUGACCUUUAAGAAAUCAAAAGACAUGAGAGCAAAGCUUGAAGAAGCUAUUCUUGGGAGCAUAGGUGCUAGGCAAGAAAUGGUGCGCCGAAGCCGAGGACAGCUUGAGAGAAGCCCAUCUGGAAGUGCCUUUGGAAGUCAAGAAAAUCUGAGGUGGAGAAAGGAUAUGACUCACUGGCGUCAAAACACUGAGAAGCUUGACAAAUCUAAAGCAGAGAUUGAACAUGAAGCACUGACUGAUGGAAAUUUGGCUACUGAAGCAAAUCUAAUCAUUUUGGAUACGUUAGAGAUUGUUGUCCAGACAGUUUCUGUAACAGAAUCCAAAGAAAGCAUCCUUGGUGGGGUGCUAAAAGUACUGCUACAUAGCAUGGCCUGUAACCAAAGUGCGGUUUAUCUACAACACUGCUUUGCUACACAGAGAGCCCUGGUUUCAAAGUUCCCUGAACUGUUGUUUGAAGAAGAGACAGAGCAGUGUGCUGAUUUAUGCCUCCGGCUUCUCCGACACUGUAGUAGUAGCAUCGGUACAAUACGGUCGCAUGCUAGUGCCUCCCUUUACCUACUUAUGAGACAAAACUUUGAGAUUGGGAAUAAUUUUGCCAGGGUUAAGAUGCAGGUAACCAUGUCACUGUCUUCCUUGGUGGGCACAUCUCAGAAUUUUAAUGAGGAAUUCUUAAGACGUUCUCUAAAGACUAUAUUGACAUAUGCUGAGGAAGAUCUGGAAUUGAGGGAAACAACAUUUCCUGAUCAGGUCCAAGACUUGGUUUUCAAUCUCCAUAUGAUCCUUUCUGAUACUGUUAAAAUGAAGGAACACCAGGAAGAUCCUGAAAUGUUGAUUGACCUAAUGUACAGAAUUGCCAAGGGCUACCAAACCUCUCCAGAUCUGCGCCUGACCUGGUUGCAGAACAUGGCAGGCAAACACUCGGAGCGCAGCAAUCACGCUGAAGCUGCGCAGUGCCUGGUCCACUCAGCAGCUCUUGUGGCCGAAUAUUUGAGCAUGCUGGAAGACCGGAAAUAUCUUCCUGUAGGAUGCGUAACAUUUCAGAAUAUUUCAUCUAAUGUUUUAGAAGAAUCUGCAGUUUCAGAUGAUGUGGUAUCUCCAGAUGAAGAAGGUAUCUGCUCUGGGAAGUACUUUACUGAGUCAGGCCUUGUUGGAUUACUGGAACGAGCAGCUGCUUCUUUCUCUAUGGCUGGCAUGUAUGAAGCAGUUAACGAGGUUUACAAAGUACUUAUUCCUAUUCAUGAAGCUAAUCGGGAUGCAAAGAAACUAUCCACAAUUCAUGGUAAACUUCAAGAAGCAUUCAGCAAAAUUGUACAUCAGGCAUACUUCGGAGAUAUUGCAGGGUUCCAGACCACCACCAUAAAGCAAGUCAAAGGAAUGUUUUGGUUUCCCAGUACAUAGAAAAGUUAUGUUUACACUAUAUUACAGUCUGUUAAGUGUAUAAUGAUACUAUGUUUUUAAAAAAUGUAUACACCUUAAUUAAAAAACACUUCAUUGCUAAAAAAUACUAACCAUCGUCUUCCAAUGAGUCAUAAUUUUUUUGCUGGUGGAGGGUCUUGCUUCGUCAAUGGCUGCUGUCUGAUCAGGGUGGUAGUUACUGAAGGUUGAGGUGGCUGAAGCAAUUUUUAAAGUAAGAUAACAGUGAAGUUUGCCACAUCAAUUGACUCAUCCUUUCACAAACGAUUUCUCUGUAGCAUGUAAUAGAUACUGUUUGAUAGCAUUUUGCCCACAGUAGAACUUCUUUCAAAAUUGGGGUCAGUCCUCUCAAGCCCUGCCACUGCUUUAUCAGCUAAGUUUAUGUAGUAUUCUAAAUCAUUUGUUGUCAUUUCAGCAAUCUUCACAGCAUCUUCACCAGGAGUAGAUUCCAGCACUAAGGCUCUUUUGCUUUCUUUUUAUUCAUGGGUUCACUGGAGUGACACUUUUGAUUUCCUUCAAAAAUUUUUCCUUUGCAUUCAUACUUUAGCUGUUUGGUAGAAGAGGCCUAACUUUUGGCCUUUUUCAACUGCCUUCCUCACUGAGCUUAAUCAUUCCGAGCUUUUGAUUUAAAGUGGGAGAUGCACAACUCUUCUUUCUCUUGAACACUUACAGGCCAUUGUAGGAUUAUUAACUGGCCUCAUUUCAAUAUUGUCAUGUCUCAUUGAAGAGGGAGGGGCAGGGAGAGGGAGAGGGGGGGGAACAGACAGUGGAGCUGUCAGAACACAUAACAUUUGUGAUUAAGUUUGCUGUCUUAUAUGAGCAUGAUUCAUGAUGUUCCAAAUAGUUACAAUAGUAACAUCAAAGAUCGCUAAUCACAGAUCAUCAUAACAAAUAUAAUAACAAUGAAAAAGUUUGGAAUAUUGCAAGAAUUACCAAAAUGUGACACAGAGACACAAAGUGAGCAAAUGCUGUUGGAAAAAUGGAACCAAUAGACUUGCUCGACUCAGGGUUGCUACAAACCUUCAGUCUGUAGUAAACGGCAGUUAGUGUGAAAUGCAAUAAAGUGAAGCACAAUAAAAUGAGGUAUGCCUGUAGUUGGCAAUUUUUUUAAAAUUGUGAGUUAUUUUCUCUUUCACAGUGUGGGUUAUAAUUAUGAACCUGAUUUUUAAACUGAUAACUAUUUUUUUACUGUCAAAAAAGUUUUUAUAUUUAAGUUAACUUUUUAUUUAAUGAUGUAAAAGUUUAAAAAUCUCCUAAUAUCUCUAAUGAUUCAAUUGAACUUUAAUUGUUUUUCCUGGAUGUUUCCAUUUAGUCAUCCUUUGAUGCAUUUCGAAUAUGAAAAUAAUAUUUGGUGAAAAUAAUAAACAGAAUGGUUGUCUUAUGUUUUCAGUUAUAAUAGUAUGAUUUUGGUACUUGUUUAUAGCUCAUAGAGUCCAUGUAUUAUCACCAAAAGUAAAAUCAAAAUAAACUUGAUUUAAAAAUGAA